UCCUCUUGUCUGUCAGUGUGAUCAAUGGCUUGACUUCCUCCUUUUGGUACCGCUCUAGGCUGUAUACAAGAACAGAGGACCCGCCUGGUGCUGCUCUCAGUUUCACAGCAGCAGCCAGCAGUGCGUGAAGACAAUUAUAUCUAGAAAACACGCUGAAAUCCCUCUGCAGUCAAGAUGAGUGCAGGGGAUGUAGUCUGCACCGGCUGGCUCAUCAAAUCUCCCCCUGAAAAGAAGCUGAAGAGAUACACAUGGAGGAGACGGUGGUUUGUUCUUCGAAGAGGACGUAUGAGUGGGAACCCAGAUGUGUUGGAGUACUAUCGAAACAAGACCUCGAAGAAGCCCAUCCGCAUCAUUGACCUGAAAGAGUGUGAGGUUCACAUGCAGAUGGAGCAGCGCCUGGUUAAAAGGGAGUUUGAGAACCAACCCCUCUUCAUUAUUAAGACAUUGUCUCGAAUUUUCUACCUGGUGGCCAAGACUGAGGAAGAGAUGAACAGUUGGGUCAGUCAGAUCAGGGAGAUCUGUCACUUUGGACCUUUGGAUGAUGGGACAGAAUCAGAGGAAGGUUUCUCACAAACCCCAACCUCCCAGCAGCCGUCACCCGCUCUCUCCCAAAAUAUGUCAUUCAUUUCUAACCAUGACUUCGUGGCUAUUGCUAACAGCAGAGUGGAGAUUUCCAGCCAGAUAGAAUCUCACCGUCCACUGGAUUACCUCUUCCUUUCACAGUGUGAAACAGGAAGAUUUAGCAUCUCUAGAUGUGACAGCUUUUCAAACUCUGAGAGAUCUCUUGAACAGACUUCAUCGGACGCUACUACAGAAGAUGUCUUCUCUUCACCUCUUGGCACGGACCCUUCUCUAUCUCCUUUUCCUGACAUUGGAUUAUCUCCAUGCCCCUUUCCCCACAUAAGGACCCUUGACCCCCCGUUCAGUGCCCCUUGUGCCCCUGCUUCAUCUUCCUCCCCUCCUCGAACUCUCCACCAUACACCCAACGUCUUCCAGUUUGACAAGCCAUAUUCUUCUACUGUAUUGGAGGCAACUUCUGAUGGAAUAACUCCACCUCCUCUGCCCCCUAAGCCUACUCACCUUUCAGAGUAUCUCAGUAAUGAGGGCUUUCAUGGGCCUUUGGGUGUUGGGAAGUGGAUUACAGGCCAACCUUCACUCAUCCCUCGGAGGAUCUCUUUGUCAGGCCUGCCAGACCAAUCUAGAAAAGGAGACAUUGAGGGAAGUGCGCUGAGGAGCAGAAACAAAAGGCUCAGUCUUAAUUUGCCAUAUUUUAUUGCUACUCCAAACUACCAGGAAGACUCAUACGUGCCCAUGGCUUCUCCAACUGUUUGUGCUGAUGAAGAUUUAUCGGACGGCUACAUCCCUAUGAGCCCCACUCCAAUCAGCUUCCUCAAGGCUAAUGGCAUAACAGAUGCCCCUCUUGCUCCCUCCCUUCUUACCACUGCAGGUCUACAUGGAGAUUUAGAACCACCUCCAGUUGACAGGAAUCUCAAACCACGAAGGAGAGCACGGCCUCCACCACUUGACCUGAGGGACCUGUCUACUAUAAGAGAAUGUCCAACUCUGAUCAGAACCAUGACAGACCCAGGAAAUGUACUAGUCCUGGAGAGAAGACAACGAAGUCUUGGAAUUAAAGAAGAACAAGAAGCCAACAUCAUUCCAGCAGAAUCAAGGCACCUGUUAUUUGCUGCAAAUGAUGUAGCCAACCAGCCAUGGCUUAGACGAUCAAACCUUGACUACCUUUCACUGGAUUUCAAUUCGGCAUCCCCCUCUCCUGUGCAAAAGAAGCCCUUCCUUGCUGAUGAACACAGGGUGGACUAUGUGCAAGUGGAUGAGAAGAAGACUCAGGCCCUGCAGAACACUAAGAUGGAGUGGAAAGAUGUCCGGCAGUCUAAAGUUUAAGUCAGAAAGAUAUGUUUUAUUAUGGAAAUCAUCAAUACUUUUCACAUCACAAAAAGUGGAGCAAGUAUAUAUAAAAAUGUCUUUAAAAAUCUGGUCUGUCAUGAGAUGGUAACUCAAUUCAAAGUUCCUUUCAAGCCCAAAUAAAAGCAUUUUGAAAUGUAUCAUAUAUAAAUAUCUAUGAAAGAAGCAAGUAGAAAGUGUAAUCACUGUUUUGUAGUUUGAGGUAUUGAAAUGUAAAAAUACCACAUCAAAUGUUACACUGUGAACAUCCUCUUACUGUCACAAUUGUUUGUAAAUUAAAUGUUACUAGAUGAAAAAGACAGAGGACAUAACAUUGCUUGUAGCUCAUUAUGUUGGUGAAAAAAUAUUGUAUGGAUUUCCAAUACAGAGGAAUUAUGUAUUAAGAAGAACAAGUCUUUAGUUUUUAAGUGUGAAUAAACUAAAUUAACAUUUGUCUAAAUACAGAUGUACAUAUGUUGAGCUUGAGUCCUAAAGACAAAAUAUUGUAUACAGCACUGCAUUUGUCCAGCACCUUAAAUGUAUUAUCAUUAUAUGAAGUUCGGAUGACUUGAAUUGGCAUCAUUCAGAGAACCAAUUGUAACAGGAUGAAUCUCAGAACUGAUCUUUUGUAACAGUAUUCUGUUAUUAAUGUGUAACAGAAGGUACCCAUAACAAACCAGUAUACAUCUCAAUUGUACAUUCUACAGCAGAAAGCACAAAUCACUCAGUGUAACCAAACUACAUUUGGUGGAGAACAGGGUUAGCAAAUGUUGGAAAAUUCUUACCGUUUUAAAUGUUUCUUAAGAUUAAGUUAAACACAUUAUUUCAUCACAGGCGGUACAAUCUUCAGGUUGUGAGUGUUGUUUUGAUGUAUGCUUUCAUUUGUCCAUGUAUGUAAUAUAUGCAAAGAUGCACAUCCAAGAAUGUUUCAUGCUUUAAUAAAACACUUUCUUACA